UGGAAAAUGUCCAAAACCCAACAACUAGUGUCUCUUCUCAACUCUUGUUCUUCACUAAAACACCUCUUCCAAAUUCAUACUCAAAUCAUAAUCUCUGGAUUAUCUCAACAAAACACUAUCAUCCUCAAAAUUGUCAACUUUUUAUCUUCUCAUACACCCAUAAACUCAUCUUCUUAUGGCAGUCUUGUUAUCAAACAAUCCCACAAUUCAUCUAAUUUAUGGUGGAAUAUACUCAUUAGAAACUAUGCUACAAGCAACAACUAUGAAGAAGCCAUUCGGGUUUUUAUUGAAAUGCGGCGAUUCGGAGUUGGUUCUGAUGAAUUCACGUACCCUUUUCUUUUCAAGGCUUGUUCGUCGUUUUUGGGUUUAAAAGAAGGGAAACAGAUUCACGGUGAUGCUAUCAAGAUUGGUGUUUAUAACAACGUGUAUGUUCAGAAUACUUUGAUUCAUUUCUAUGGAUGUUGUAAGAGAAUUGUGGAUUCAUAUAAGGUGUUUGAUGAAAUGUCGGAGAGAACUGUUGUUUCUUGGAAUUCAAUAAUUUCGGCUUGUGUUGAUUGUUGUUGGUAUUAUGAUGCGGUUGAGGUUUUUCGCGUGAUGAGGAGAUGUGGGGUUCAACCGGAUGAGACGACGAUGGUGGUUUUGCUUUCUGUUUGUGCUGAGUUGGGUGAUUUGAGUUUAGGGAAAUGGAUUCAUUGUCAAGUGAUUGAGCAAGGGAUGUUUAUGAAUUGUCAAUUAGGAACUUCAUUUGUUGACAUGUAUGCUAAAUGUGGAGCAGUGGAUUAUGCUCGUUUGAUCUUCGAUAAGAUCGGUGAAAGAAAUGUGUGGACAUGGAGUGCGAUGAUUCUUGGAUUAGCUCAACAUGGAUUUGCUGCACAAGCCUUGGAACUCUUUUGGAAAAUGAAGGAUUAUUCUCAUGUGAAGCCUAAUAAUGUGUCAUUUCUUGGUGUGCUUUGUGCUUGUAGCCAUGUUGGAAUGGCGGAAGAAGGGCGUCGAUUGUUUCAAGAGAUGGAAAGUGUCUACAUGAUCAAGCCUAUGAUGGCACAUUAUGGUGCCAUGGUAGAUAUCUUGAGUCGUGCUGGUCGUCUUGAAGAAGCGUACAAAUUCAUCGUUGAGAUGCCCAUUGAGGCUGAUGCAGUUAUAUGGAGGACAUUGCUCAGUGCGUGCCAUAUUCAUGAUAUUAGCGACUAUACUGGACUGGGAGAGAAGGUCAGGAGGUGGUUGCUUGGAUUGGAGCCUAAAAGGAGUGGGAAUUUGGUCAUGGUAGCAAACAAGUAUGCUGAAAUUGGAUUAUGGGAGAAGGCAGCAAAACUUAGAAGAGGUAUGAAAGACAGACAACUUAAGAAGUUGGCUGGAGAAAGCCGUGUAUCAGUUUUUUAGAAUCCAUAGAGAUUGUUAUCAAGUUGCUAAGUAGUAAGAAAUUUUCUUGUUCCCGAAAAGACAAUGUUCACACCACAUUAGCAGUGGUUAAACUUUAAGGAGAAUCUACUACAUGCCGAUAAAUAAAUAAAGAAACAACCUGUCUGCUGCAAGAAAAAAUGAAAUCCCAAAACAAUUCAAGAUAGUCAUGAGGACUUUCAGUUCAUCAAGUAGGGAGCUUAUUCAAUAAAUAUAAAAAAAAAAAUCCAACUAAUCGAGAUCAUCAAUAAAUGUGGACUGUAGGCGUCGAGCGGUGGAUUCAAUCCCUCGGAGAGCUGCAUUCUUGCGCUGCUCAAUCUCCUUUACCUUUGCUUGAGCUGCCUCCAACUGGUUGCCAAGUUCUUGCAUCUUGGCUUUUGCAACUUCAUAGGCUUCUUUAUAUUUCAUUUCAUCAUGUUUCAGACGCUCAUCUUCAUGUUCGAUAUGUGCUACGUCUUGCUUUAGAUCCUCAAUUUGCCUCUUCAAAGUUUCAUUUUUCUCCUUGGCCUUCUCCCGUUCUCCUUGAGUAUGACCAAAGUCCUCUGCAACGUCAUUUGCACUAGGUAUAGCAUGGCCCAAUCACGAGAGUGUCAUCUAUAUUAUCAGUUGUGAAGAAGAAUGGAACGUAUGUGGCGUUACCGCCAAAAUGGAUCCUGUGUUGAUAGUACAGGCUCUGGCUUCAUUGAAUGUGAAUGCUCGCUCCUCAGUCCCAGAAUUUACCAUCAUGAUCACUCCCUUGCCAAUUGAUUAUGGCCCUAAAACUGCUCCGUGGGUAUAUCAAAGUGAGGUUGUCGUAGAGACAGCAGCAGCCCAAGGUAUGACCAGGUCCGGGAGAUGCUAUGUCCCAGACGACUUUGCCCAUGCUAUAUUUGGUGCAAAUGAUGUUGAGGAGGAUUUGGUCAUACUCAAGGACAACGGGAGAAGGCUCAGGAGAAAAACGAAACUUUGUUUUGGCAAAUUGAGAAUCUGAACAAAGAGAUAGCACAUAUCGAACAUGAAGUAGAGCAUCCGGAACAUGAUGAAAUGAAAUAUAAAGAAGCCUAUGAAGUUGCAAAAGCCAAGAUGCAAGAACUUAGCAACCAGUUGGAGGCAGCUCAAGCAAAGGUAAGGGAGAUUGAGCAGCGCAAGAAUGCAACUCUCCUAGGGAUUGCAUCCACCACUCGACACCUACAGUCCACAUUUCUUGAUCAUCUCUAUUAGUUGGAUUUUUUAUUAUCAUUGAACAAGCUCCCUACUUGAUGAACUGAAAGUCCUCGUUACUAUCUUGAAUUGUUUUGCGAUUUCAUUUUUCCUUGUAGCAGACAGGUUGUUUCUUUGUUUAGUUAUCGGCAUGAGAUAAAUUCCUAAACAAACACUGUUCCUAAUUCUUCAAUGUGCAAGAUGUUGUUAAGUGUUAUCUUAAUGAGAUUCUAUUGGAAAA